UCUGCCAGAGGUGGCCUGUGCAAUUGUUGGUCUGAUGUGAAGGGGUCACCUACCAGCCCCGCUUAACAAGAUGGGCAAUGAGAACAGCACUUCGGAGCUUCCGGUAAGACGGUUUCAAUUGGGAGCUGCUGCCUGACUCAGCACCGCAGUGUUCAUCUCUUCUGAAACGCUUAGACUACCAUGCUUGUGUGUGCCUUGAAACUAGACUUACUGUUUAGAGCUGUUAUGACUUUUGGUGACAUCUGUUAGCAUUCCCCAUCAACUGACAUACUGCCUGCGACAAACCUGUGCUUGAGAUAACAGCUCAGAUAGUGAAAGAGCAAGUGCUGUGUUUUCAUUGUGUUGUCAAACAUUCUGACCGAAUUUUGUUUUGAAAGACUGCAGAUGGUCAGUGAACUCAUUCUGUGUGGUUUUUGUUUUUCAACCUUAACCAGUAUGCUGUUCACUAAAUUUGAUUCGUCUGAAAGAAGAAAGUCAAGCUCCCCUUUCUCAUAUUUAGUGCUGCAAGAUCAGUUUCAUUCUAGUUUUGAUCAUUUGGACUGUUCUUGCAACUUGAAAGAUAAAAACUUAAAAGUUUCACAUUUUCGAGUUCACGUAGGGCUAUAUAGAUACAGUACUUUGCUUUUGACUCGGAUCGCAGAUUAGUUGUUGUAUUUAAAAUGUACUUGUAGCCUACUUUUGAUACGGUCACCAAAUUGUUAUUAAUAUAAAUGUUAUUUCUGAAUAUCUCAUUUUUAAAAUAUUAAUAAAAGUAGGCUAUAUCUCUCCCUUAAGUAACCAUACUUUUUGUUUCCAACCUUAGCAUAGCUAAUUAGUUAAUGCAACAGUUUUAAAAUAGUUUACCCAUUUUGCAUGCGUAUGACCUUUUGCUGCUGAUGUGAUUUUACAAGACAUUUAUGCAUUUGUGCAUUCAACUGUGAUAUUUGUUUGAUAUUCAAUGGACCCUGAAAGGAAUAAUUUGGGCGAUGUUAUGCUACAUUGAAAAGGCUACUCAACUUGGAAUUCAGGGUUUAUCUUAAUAGGAUCAACCUGUCGGGCUCAGUGCUUUUUCAUGGAUGACUCCAACCAGUUUGGUAGGUUCCCAGAGCGAACUUUAAGUAGGCUACUCUUGGUGAACGUCCAGCAACAGCAGCACCGGAGACUAAUUGAGGCAUAUAGUGACUCAGAUCUGUCAUGCAUCUCUUCAAAGACUGUUGCUUUCACCACAUCUUGUAUCCAUCUCUUCAGCUCUUUUACAUUUGUAUUUGCCACAGGAGGGUGCUCCAGAUAACGUGGUGCUAUUUCCUCCAGAAGAAACGCAGUCUGACAUGCUGUGAUGGUGACGAAGUUUCUGCUGAGACCGCAUCACUGGCCCAAGCCCACUUGUCUAGCGAAUCUCAGCAACAUGUUCCAUCCCUCAGUCCUUUGGCUGCCCAGAUGGAUUAUGAACUCCAGGAAGCUUUAAGGGAAUGUGAAGAUGAAAUGGCUGCUCUUGGCAUAUCCUCCCAUGCAGACACAUGGACUGCAGGUGAUCUGGACAGGUUUUAUUCUGUAAGUGAUGAUAAAAAUCAAACCGAGAAAGCUGAAGUCGAAAAGGAUUUUGGUUCAUCUUCACAUAAACCUGCCGAAUUUCAUGAAGGUUGCCAUGGAAAUGAAGGAGCGCACACAAAUGACUCCACAGCGGGUGAAGAGGGGGUGUUUAGCUUCAGAGAUUAUCUUCUAGGAAGAAAGCAAAGUAAUACAUGUGCAGCUGGAGCUGAGGAUGUCAAAAACAUUGAGGAUAUAACAGAAAACCACACUGAAGAAGCAAGCCAGCUGUCAAAGGCAGAACAGCAAAAAAAGUCAGAGAUAGAGACAAAAAUAGACACAGCUGAGAACAUAGCUGGUCAACAAAAGACACAUACCAUAUGGACAGGUACACAAACAACAUCAGAGAUUGAUGCGGAAAAGGAAACACUUACCCAGGAUCAAUCAAUACAAGACAUCUGCUCUUUGAAAAACACCCUGGAGGGUGAGAGUUCACAAGAUGAAGACGGAAUAAAUGUUAUAGCAACCCAGAGAGAAACAGGAAUAAUUCAAGAGACAAAUCCUUCGAAUGAAGAAGUCAGAAGUUCUGAAAAAGCUGCACAGAUGAUUCAGAACUCGGAUGAAAUAAAAAUAGAGACACACAGUCAGUUAAUUAGUGAUUUACUGGCAUGCCCAUCCACACAAACGGCUAAACAUUCUGGUCACACGUUGCAUUUAGAAGCUAAAAUAAGCAUACAGCCAAACAUACAGAAACAGGUGGAGUCAGGGACACAUCAGCAGAUAAGUGGACCGAUAGAAACAAACACAAAAGUAGGAUCAAGCCUUGACCAUCAAAGACAGGAAUUAGGACUCCCAGAACAGCUGAGUCCUGAGGGUAAACAAUUGAUCUGCUCCCCACCUCCAGAACGCGAAGCUCAUCUUUCCCUGGCUGAGGCUCCACCUGCAUUGUUACUGGACUCUCCAGAGGGGCCUGAGCAAAAUGAUAACCAGAAUCAGACAGAUGGACCCUGCAAAUCAAUAUCAGAAGGUGAAACCAUACACCACAACCACUGUACAACAGGGGAAGUCAAACAUGAGAAAAAUGUGUCUGCUGUUGUGAUUGAUUUCUGCCAAGCUACAACAGCCCCUGAACAUGAGCCCAUAGGGAGAUGUGACUUAGAGACAUAUCCACUGGAGCAGGAGAAUGGACCUCCUUUAGGCGGUGGAGCUGGCGCACUCGCACCACUGUGGGGGAAUUCGCACGCUUUGAGCCGAGCCGGUGCAGAAGAGGAGGAGGAGGAAGAGAGUGCCCUUGAAUGGGCUUCAGCAGAGUCCACUGCCUCCACAUUGCUACAAAUAACACCCAUGAUGCCAGAAAUGAUAGAAAGCGAGGGAGAGAAGAAGAGAGGUGAAGCGUUCCAAAGUGCCGCAAUAAUAUUACAAGCAGCAGAGAGAGAAUCGGCAGUGCUGGAAGCGAAUGAGUCUCCGAGCUCAGAGGAAACAUUAAGUGAAUUUAUAGCUGAAAAGGGACAAGAAUGCACCUCAGUAAUUUUUCCAGACAUUAAGUGCUCACCUGUUCAGAAAGAGGAGGCGACUGAGGAGAGCUGUGGCAACUCGACGGAGAGUGAGGGGAAAGGAGGGGGUCUACAGAUCGCACUCUCCCCAGCCGGAGACAAGGAUACAGGCACGGUCGGCACAGAGGACAAAGCUCUGGUCACCUAUUCCUCUCCAGGCGUCCUUGGAACAUGUGACUGGAAGGUGGAGACUUCCCGAUCAAAGGAGAGAAAAGGAGAGAGCGAAGAGGAGGGGAAAAAGGCAAGCGAAGGCGGAGCACAGAACGCAGCACAUGCUGGCAGGGUGUCACAGACAGAGGCAGCGACCGAGACGUGUCCAUCCCAUCGCAUCACAGCAUCACCAAUGGCAACACAAGACCAGAGUGACCUCAUCCAUCCGGUCACAGCAGGCACAGCCCCAUUUCCUCUGACCAUCAACAGAAUAAACGACUGCGACUCCAUCAGCCCACCCCCUCCUCUUUCCCACAUAAACUCUACAAAGACAGAAGCGCAGAGAGAGGAAGAAGCUAAUCUGAAUCGGAGCCCAAUUGCAUCAGGAGCAGACCUGCCAGGCAGUGAUAGAUCACUUCCACCAGCAGCUUCUUUAGAAAACGAAUGUCUCUCUGAGCAAGCCAACGAUCAACAGGUACAGUGCUCUUCACAGACUAGAACCGCAAGCUGUGACACAUCCGUCAAGACAGAGACACAGCAACAAAAACAAGAAAUAACUCCUACAAGUGAAGAUACAUCUCGAUCAACUAAGCUUCAAAUAAACAUGAGGGAUAUCGCCGCAAGUUGUACCAAAAUGGAAGGGUCUCCAAAAGGUAUGCAGAGCUCUUUUGAGAACCAAAAUGAUACAACCCUGAAAUGCCAAAUGACUGAAUGUGCUUCUCUGCCCCCAUUGAUGGUAUUUGAAAGUCUACAUCAUCCAGUAAAAGAGGCUAGCUUCAACUUUAAAGGUUUUCUCAGCAUCAGUAAACCAGCACUUCCUCCUCAGACAGAACUGACCACUGGCCAGAGAAAUACUGACCUGGAUGGAGCAGAAAAUGAACCUACUGCCUCUGAAGAAGAAGGUAAAGAAAAAAAUGGAAAGCAGAGAGAAAAUGUGGAAAUUACAUUUAAUGAGUCAAAGGACUGCAGAGAAAUGACCAGUACAUCUCAAAUGCAGGGUGCGACUACUGUAAAACUUGGAGAAAAUGUUAAUGUAAAUAUAAGUAGCUGUGAAGACGACGGAAAAGUGACAGAUGAAAAUCCUGAUGUCAGUAAGAGAAAUCCUGUUUCAUCACUGUCAGCUGCAGGUGAGACCACCUGUAUUACUGAAGAUAAAGAUGUGGUUAAUGAAACUCUGGAAGCAAUUGAAGUAAGUAAAGAGAAGCAAGAAAAUAAAGAAUAUUUGAAUGCUACUCAGACCACUACAAAUAAUACCAAUGAGUCAGCAUCCACUGAGAAGAACAGCGUUUUAUUACCGGAUGUAUCUCCACAAGGGGGUCGUAACAGCAGCCCUGCUGUGGAUGGUGAGCAGGCUGAUAUGACUGUGUCUGAAGGAGUUGAACAAAGACAUACAGAAAUUCUUCUUGCCACCAAGAAAAAGCUGGAUGAAGAGACUGAUGAAUCAAAGGGAUGUGGGUUGCCUGAAGCAGGUGAUAUAGAACUAACAUGUCCAGGUAAUUCAGAGAAUCUUGUGAAUGACAGUCGAGAGCAUGAGUCAAAUCCAGAAAAAUAUACACGUGAAGUUGAGUCAAAGGUAAAAACCAGCUCCAUGUCUCCAGCAGCAGCCCCAUACAUAGACAGCAUGUGCCACUGCACUCAACCAGACAAGAAAUCCAACACUGAGCAGCUUACUACAAUCUCAGAGAUGCAAUUUCUGUCAAAAGCAGAUAAGUGUGACGACAUGCUGCCCUAUCAGACUGAAUCACAGUUCAGUAAUGAAAUGAUGAAAAAUGAUGCAGCGGAUGCUGGGGACAAAACUGUCCCUUCUCUUCCUGCAGCGGAGACUACAGUACCAGCACAAAGGGAUCUUUCCUCAGCUACCACACAAAGCACUAACAGUGAUGCCAGGGAUGUGUCCGUCAUUGUACUAAAGGCUCCAGGCCCAAUGCUGAGUCACUGUGAGUCCGUUAAUGACUGUGAUAUUGCUGUAGCAGGACCCGGGGAGGAUUGCAGUGUGAACUGUGUGUGUGAUUCUGACACAGAGAUUGCAAUAAAUAUUACAGACAAAUCUAAUCAACAACUGGAUGUGAAUGAAGAGAUGUUAAGAUCUCAAAAUGCAGAUGAUCUGCUUUACUCUGUUGGUGUCUCCACACAGGAAAUUGCAGCAUCAUCUGGGAACCAUUUGCUUACAACUGACAGACCAGUACAGGCAGGUGAUUCACCGCUAAUGUUAAAGAACCCAGAUAUUGUUGUAAAUGCAAAGAUGAAACAGAAUGACCGAUAUAAGGGUGUUGGAGAAUUGGAGGUUGUUAGAAAAGAGAAGAGUGAAGGACAUUUAAAUUCUGUACAUGAUAAUGAUUUAUGCAAUGCCCCUACAAAUGCUACUACAGAAAAUGAGGUAAUUAAUAAAGACACGUCUGAAGAAUUCAAGCAUUUGAAGGGGGGAGAGGACAACAAGGAAACUAAAGAAAAAUCCAAUGCAAAAAAUGAAACUAGUGCCUCUCAGGAAGAAGGGAAUGAACAAAAAAAUGGAAAGCAGAGGAACAAAGGAACGAGGAAGGAACAAGUAGUAAUGCAUAUUAAGGAGCAGAAGCAUAAUAGAGAAGAGACAAAUUCCUGUGAAACAUCCUGUGCUGAUGAAAUGCUUAAUUCUCAACCUGCUUUGACAAUGCAACCCAGUCCUAAUGAUGAAAUCAAAUGUGAUUCACUCCUGAUGCACUUGGAAGACAAUCUCGUCGUUACACUUCUGACUGAGGAGCCUGUUCAACAUGUAUCUGACAAUGUAAAAAUUAAUAAAAGUGUAUCAAAAGGAUCGAGUCAGGUGAAGGGAGGAAAGCUAAACAGGGAGUUUGUGCAAGAAAAUGAGGUACAAAAUUUAAAAUUCAUUGCAGAAAAGGACAGCAAAAAAAGUACAAAUACCUCCCAAGAACAGAAAGAGACUGCUGCAAAAGAAAAAGCUGAUCAAACACAAGGAGAAAAUCAGACAUUAAUAAACCUCUUCGAUCUAUCAGGAGAAAAAAAACUAUUAGAUGAAACCAUUCCAAGAGGAAAAUUGCAGUCUAGCCCUAUGCCUGAUCCUGGUUUAUCCUCUGAAGGGAUUAUAGAAGAGGCUCUGGGUUGUAGAGGGGCACUAACUGACAAAUCUCCUCCAGUCGUUGAUCACACCCUGUCUACAUUGGUGAAUACUUCUCCUGAGAGAGACCACACACAAGAUCCAAGGUGUUUGAGCCAGCCAGAUUUGGCAUUUUCACAAUCCCAAGAGCUCCAGCUGCAACAGAAGUUUAUGAGUGCCCCAGAAGAAAUGUUAAGUGUGAGUAAAGGCAACGUUUUAGAAAAUGCUGAGACCAAUAGUCAUGCAAAUGCUGAGGCAAGUGAAAAGCAAGAGAAGGUGGUGAUGCACUGUAGUGCAGAGGCUCCAAGAUCCCUAAACAGCACAUCAGAGAGUGCCAUGACAGAGGGCUAUGACAAAGAUUUUGCCGAGUUCAAUAUAUGUCCAGAGAAUGAAAAGAAGACAAUACAAACAAUAGAUCUAAAUGGUGGGAAAUUUCCUGUUUGUGGUGAAAAUAAUUCAAAUGAAAUCCAAACUCAGUCAGCUCCAAACAUGUCUGUAACAGCAUCGUCAGCUUCUGAAACUUUAGAAGUCAAACUGGUUAUAGAGGCUACAGAGGCAAAAGAGCCUGCCAUCUCAGCAUCACAGGAAAGUGUGAGUAAACAUGCAGAUUGUAUCAAAUCACAGGUCAGUGCGGAUGAACAUGGGAAUGUGUGGAACGAAAUCCCUGACACCAAGAAAGGCUCAGAAUUUCCUGUAAAUCACUCAAGUGGGUUCUCUGUGAUUCCCACCCUCUCACACCAUGAAGCAGGGCUAAAAACAGAAGAGAAAUGUUUAGACUCUGUUACCACUGGAAACACUGAGAUCCGUUCUGAUUCAAUGAGUGAUGUUGCACAGAUGUUUACAGCAGAACCUUCCCAAAUUCAGCAAGAGAAAGAAUUCAUUUUUCAGUCCUCCGAUUGCCAGCUCUCCACCACCACAUCCUCUGCUUCUGUACUCCAAAAAAGUAUUAAAGAGGAAAAAGAGAUAAGUGUGGAUCAGGCCCCUACAGAUGCACUAGAACCUAACACUCCUAUUUCCACUCCCCAUUCUGAGACAGCCGCCUGGAGGAUGGAGCAGCUUAAUAAGCAUUUGUCAGAGCAAUUCCCAGACGGUGCACAAAACACAGAGGAGCAGAACACACAGUGUUCUGAACAGCAGUUACAACAUGUAAGAACUUGUUUGGACACUGAAAACACAACCAGUUCUAUGAAAGAAGACACCAUUUCAAAUUAUGUACAACAGCGAGAAGGAAUUCAAGAAAAGUCAAGUAAACAGAUGGCGCAUGAAGAAAAGAACAAGGCCAUUGCAAAGGAUCACAUAGAAAUUUCCAAAGGGGCUGAACCUAAGUCUUCACAGUCUAUAAUCGAAGAAAGCAUCUCCAAAGAAAACCAAAGCAAGUUGGAGGAGCAGUCUUUAUUUUCCCCUGAUGAAGCAAUAGUCGAUAAUGUAGACCAGCAAAUUGAAGAAGUUUCUAAUGGAUCACAGACAGAAAUGAAAGAGGCUGUACCAAUGUUAUACCCUGAGACCUCUGUCUGCUUAUUGACUGACCCCCAGGAUUCCCUCCAGUCACCUCCUGCAGUCAAUCAGCAGUCUAGUCAGCAGCCCACUAAGUCUUUUAUUCAAACCUUACAUGAAAACGCCACUACUAAGACAGUUGAAAGUAGCAGUGAGCAAAGUCCUGACAUUGCAGAUAACUCUCCUGGAGACAUAGAAUCCCUUCUAAUAAAAAAAACAAUAGAGAAAGAUGACAGGGAAGCUAUUGAAGAUGAAGUCAGCAAGGUGUCAAAAGCUGCAGAUGUGUUGCUGGGUUCAGGCACAAGAACAGAGCAGGUAUCACAGGUUAUCGGCAGUUUAGACAGCCCAGUCCUCAGUGCAGUCUUUGUACCUGAGAAGUCAGAUGCAGUCAACUCCUCUGAAGGUUCUGAUUGGCUCAGAGCUCUGAAGGAGGCAGCCUCCAUGUCUCAGAUCAUUCCAGAGCACAGAGAUGAGUCUACCUGUGGAUCUACAGAAAACAGACCAUUUGAGACCUUCCUUUCGCCUCAGACUGAUCUAGAAUUCCAAACCCCAACUGAAGAAUAUUUUCCUCCUGCUCCUGAGGAGAGUUUUCUCCCAGCACCUGAGGAGAGUUUUCCCCCGGCACCUGAGGAAAGUUUUCCUCCUGCUCCUGAGGCGAGUUUCCCCCCGGCACCCGAGGAGAGUUUCCCCCCGGCACCCGAGGAGAGUUUCCCCCCGGCACCCGAGGAGAGUUUCCCCCCGGCACCCGAGGAGAAUUUCCCCCCUGCACCCGAGGAGAGUUUUACCCCCAUUACUAAGCAGCCAGAAGAACCACCAGACUGCAGGUCUCCUCUGGUAGAAGCUGCUGAGAGCAGUGAGCCUGUCCCCUCUCCCUUAUCACCCCUACCACAGCACGACACUGCUCCUGCCCUCCCUGCCCACCUGCUCCAGGACACAGUUGAGUUCCCCACACCGCCCCCUACCCCUCCGGACAGGGCUCCCCCUGAGCCUCAGACCCUUCCUCCUACUCCUUCUGGUCUACCAGAGGCUCCCCCUGCUGCCCCUGUGCCUCCUCAAAUCCAACAGCUCCAGCACUCUGAGCCUUCAGCAAGGAGUUCAGACUCAGACGGAGCGUUCGAAACCCCUGAGUCCACCACCCCUGUGAAGUCUGCUUCUCCACCAGUGCCCCCAACAGAGCCCCCCUGCACCAACUCGGAGGCAUUGUCCCAAGAACACACAGCUUCCACUGCUGACAUCUCUGCCAGUGAAGCUCAAGACCCAAAUGAGCUUCAAUCUCCCAGUCGCUCUCAAUCUAUAGUCUUUGAUGAGGACAAACCAAUAGCUGCUAGUGGCACCUACAACAUAGAUCGCUUAAUUGUUGAUGACUCUUUCCCAGAAUCAAAUUUUGGGUCUGAACCAUCAAGCCGAGCGCCUCUCACCCGCUCUCUAAGCCUACAGUCUGGUGAGUUAGAGAGCCCAGGAGACAAAUCCUCAGGAGGAACCUCAGACAAACCCAUCCACCCACGAGCAGAGUCCUUCAGCAUAGGAACAGAAAGUGCUCCGGGAACUCUUCGUAAAGUGAAGAAGCCCCGUCCAGGUUCCCUAAAGAAGAAACCUCUUUCCCGGCAGAACUCAAACCCAGAGCAUUCCUCUCCCAAAACAGUCUCCUCUGGCAGCACGCCAGAGGAGAAAAAGAGAGGGAAACCACAGCCUGAAAGCCCCUUGCAAACCCAAGAGAGGCCUAGCUCCUCUCCCAGCCCUAGUCCUAGUCCUGCUGGUACCCUACGGAGGAAUAGGAUAAAGUCUCGAGUUGAAAGUCCUCCACCUUUGGCUGAGGAGGUCACUGUCAGCUCAAUAUCAAGUCAACUCCAACCGGUGCUUCCUGAUCCAGUGACCGAGGUUCCAGCUGUCCCCGACGAGGAGUCUCCUAUCCCUCCCAGUGCCUCCUACAAAUGGGAUCCGGACAACUUUGAGAAUAUUGACCCAUUCCAUACAGGAGGCAGUAAAGUUGCCAACUCGCCCGUCUUGGGCAGGAAAGCCGACUUUACGUCGGUUUCAGACACCUCUGUUGCUGUAGAGGAGCCUCGUGCCUCUUCCCCUGCUAAAGAGCAACCCAUCAACACUGAGGAACAGCCAAUCACCAAGCGCCAACCAGUCAGACUGGAGUUUGACUAUUCAGAGGACAGUGGAGAGGCACCACGCAGUACUCCUCCUCCUAAAAACCUAGGCAAGAAAUCAGGAGCCAAGAUGCCCAUCCGAAAGCCCAAACUGGGGAUUAAGAAGGCCCCUCCACCCCAGACAGAGCAGCUAGACAAUGCACCUGUCCCUGCACUUUCAAAUGACAUUGAUGAUAUCCCGAUCCCCAAGGGGUCAUAUAACUUCGAUCCCAACAAGUGGGAUGACCCUAACUUUAAUCCAUUUUCUUCAAGCACUGGUAUCCCCAACUCUCCUCACCUGUCUAGUGGAUCUUACAACUUUGAUUCUGACUCCUUUGAUGACUCAAUCAAUCCCUUCAAAUCAUCCAAAAAGAUGGGAAACUUGCCUCCGAAAGCUGCCUCUUUUGACAAAUCCAGCAAUGACAAUGAGAAUGAAAAUGAUAACAUUGUUGAGUUGGAGGAUCACAACCAGAACAAACCUGCCAAAAACAAGAAGAAGCCUCUCAAAUCGAAGUCCAGCAAUGUCUCUUCUCUGUGUUGUUUCUUUAACACUUUUAGAGUGAAGAAAUCACCAAAGAGGACUCAGAUUACUGAGCCAUCUGCUCAGUGUUGUCCUGUGUGUUCUCCACUCUCGCCCUCCACUUCACACACACAUAAUCACCUGCAGGAGGACUCGCCUGAUGCCAAUCCUGAGCCUUCACAAGAUCACGCCACAGAUGAGGAGAAACUGGCUUCCUCCACCAAUCAGAAAUGGACUAGACAUGAUGUAGAGGUGGAACUGAACUCUGACCCCCAAGACUUCCCGCAGCCGACUGACUUUACAGCUUUUGUCAACGAGAACAGUUUACCAGCACAGAGUGAUGUUACAGACUAUGAGAUUGAAUACAUGGAAAAGAUUGGCUCCUCUGCACCACCUCUCUCGGUGAAGAAACCAACACUUUAUCUGAAGCUGGACUCUGUGACAGACAGUCCAAAGAAGACUUCCAACAUGCAAGAUUCAGAGCCCAACUCUCCCUGCACUGGGAGCUUUGAAGAGAUGGAGGCUCAGAUCUCGCAGGGGAAAUCACCUGUGCUGCCACCACGUGGUGCUCAUGACUCCAUGGCCUCAGAGAAAAGCAGAAAGAGGGACAGUCAGUCUCAGAGUCGAACGCAGAGCAAUGAGAGAGAUGGAGCGUCCCCCAUCCAGGGCCCCAUGGAUCCCUCAGAUCUACCCCUUUUAGACAGACUGUCUGAUUCACCUGCUCCUCUCAGCUACCUGGAGCCUGAUCUGGCAGAGACCAACCCCACUGCCUUCGCUCAAAAACUGCAGGAGGAGCUGGUGCUCGCAGCCCUGAGGAUAGAGGCUCUACAGGUAGCCAAAAACAUCUCUCAGAGCCCCACUUUGUCCAGUGUGUCCCCUCAGUCUCGCCUCAAGAAGCCCAGCCCACGCCGCUGGAAUCUCAACGGUUCUCGCAUGGCUAAAAAAACUGCAGGAAAAUCCACACAGACAGAUAGCAAACUCUGUCGCAGGACGUCCCGUAUUCCACAGCAGAGAGAAACGGCCUCACCGGCAGACAGCGGGGUUUCAAAGAGCUCCCUCUAUUCACGAACAGGAUACAUUGAAGGGGAAAGCCCUCAUCUGCCAUGUGACAUGGACCACUCUCUUGGCAUUGCCCGAGAAGAGAUUGUUGUGAAAGAGAAAGAAACCAUGGAGUGGAAGAGAAAAUAUGAAGAGAGUAGACGGGAAGUGGAGGAGAUGAGGAGGAUAGUUAUGGAGUAUGAGAAGACUAUCGCAGAGAUGAUUGACAAAUCUUUUGUGCCUCUGGACCCAAACACCGAGGGUGAACAGAGAGAGAAGACUCUGUCUCAUCACACUAUCCAGCAGUUGAUCCUGGAGAAGGACCAGGCUUUGGCUGAUCUCAACUCUGUGGAGAAAUCGCUUGCUGACUUGUUCCGUCGCUAUGAAAAAAUGAAAGAUGUUUUGGAAGGCUUUCGGAAGAAUGAGGAUGUGCUGAAGAAAUGUGCGCAGGAGUACCUGUCUCGUGUCCGUAAGGAGGAGCAGCGCUACCAUGCCUUGAAGAUCCAUGCUGAGGAGAAACUGGAUAAGGCGAAUUCUGAAAUUGCUCAGGUGAGAGCCAAAGCCAAGCAGGAGCAGGCAGCGUAUCAGGCCAGUCUGAGGAAAGAACAGAUGAAGGUGGACUCACUGGAGCGCACACUGGAACAAAAGAACAAAGAGAUCGAGGAACUGACCAAAAUUUGUGAUGAACUGAUUGCCAAGAUGGGAAAGAGCUAGCCGUCUAUUCGACAGAGUUCUGUCCGUACCACAAAGGGACAAAAGAACAAUAACUGGACAAGCGUGUAAAGAUGGAGGAGCAAGGUUAACUUGUUUGGUAUUGUUUUUUCCUCUUUCUAAUGGACAGAACAAUGAACUAACCAAACAAAAGGAUCUUACACUACUGACGUCUUCACAUAAACUGGAGUCCCUAGGACUGGGAGAACACACUAGUAUCUGGCUGUAAUUAUUUUUUCUUCAUUGUGUUAAUGUACACCACCUUACCUAUGUUGAGGGUCUUGUGAAAGUACUCCCCAUCAGUAGAGACGUUUUUGAGAGUCUGUAUAGCUCACACACACACACACACACACACACACACACACACACACACACACACACACUCAGAGAGUAUGUGGUUAUAGUGAGUUUGAGGUUAUGAGUGCUGUUGCCAUGACAACCACUGAUGGAGCCGACUGUUAAUCUGAUUCCUGUGGUUCCCUCUUCUUAACUUGAAAACAGAAAUGACCAGAGAGAAUAUGUAUAUUAUAAAACAGAUGAAUUAAUCAUUCAGUUGAGACAAAGUGGUAUUCAUGAUCCUAAAAAAAUGCAUGUUGUAGGCCUUGACGGUUUUGUAAAUAUGAAAAUGACUUGAAAAUAGUAAAGGAACAUAACUGCAGAUUUUGAUACUGUUAGUUUAUCUGCUUCUUGUGUAUCUUUGUAGAUACUUAGUGUUCAUUUGUUUCAUUGUCUUCUAGCAACACUGAUGUGUGAUUUUUAUUUUUGGAUUUAUUUUGAUAUAUAAAUGAACCCACGUGUCACUGUCAGUGGUUCUGAGCUAAUUUAAUCUGAAUGGUUUUGUCUCAGUCCUGCUAUAGCUGAUGUUUCAGACAAAUGAAGCUCUGUCAGCUAUACAGGACAUGCUUAUAAAGUGCAAUAAAAGAUGGCAAUACA